ACCCGCUCUUAAAAACGAUCCAAUAUUGCUUCAAUCUCAGUUUGGAUUCUGAUAGCUUUGCGUCUCACAGAGAAAUUAACAAGAAAAAGGGAAAAAAAGAAAAAAAAAAAAGAAAAAAAAAAAAGAGAAUUCAAAGAGUCUCAAGGAAGGUAUCGUUCUUGUAUAAGAUAUAGAAUUUUGGAUUCUCCGAACGAACUUAGGGCUUCGAUCUCCUUCCACAAUGGCGAAGGCGAGGUAUGCUCGGUCGCAGAGCAAGAGAUUAUCGACGUUCAAGCUCGUCUUGUCAAUGCUAUUCAUGCUAACGGUUGUGCUUCUGAUGCUUUUCGCUCUCGGAAUCGUAUCGCUUCCGGUCAGCUCAGACGAAGCUCCGCUCAACGAUAUCAGUUCCUUUAGGCGCAGGGCAGUUGAGAGGGCCGAGGGUUUAGGUAGGAGAGGAGAUCAGUGGACAGAGAUUCUUUCUUGGGAACCUAGAGCCUUUAUCUAUCACAAUUUUUUGUCGAAGGAAGAAUGUGAAUACUUAAUAGGUCUUGCUAAACCGCAUAUGGCAAAAUCCACAGUGGUUGAUAGCGCAACUGGACGGAGCAAAGAUAGCAGGGUGCGCACAAGCUCUGGAAUGUUUCUUAAGAGAGGACGUGAUAAGAUAAUUAGGGAUAUUGAGAAGAGAAUAGCAGACUUUACUUUCAUUCCUGUAGAGCAUGGUGAAGGUCUUCAAGUUCUCCACUAUGAAGUUGGGCAAAAAUACGAUGCUCAUUUUGAUUACUUCCUUGAUGAGUUCAACACAAAGAAUGGAGGUCAAAGGAUUGCUACUCUCCUAAUGUAUCUGUCCGAUGUUGAAGAAGGGGGUGAGACUGUAUUUCCUUCGGCAAAGGGAAAUAUCAGUUCUGUGCCUUGGUGGGAUGAGUUAUCUGAAUGUGGUAAAAAGGGACUUGCAGUGAAACCCAAAAUGGGUAAUGCAUUGCUAUUUUGGAGCAUGCGGCCUGAUGCUACUCUAGAUCCAUCGAGUUUACAUGGUGGGUGUCCUGUGAUAAAAGGGAACAAGUGGUCAUCUACGAAGUGGAUGCAUCUUGAGGAGUACAAAGUAUAGCAGGUUGUACUUGAAGCUGUAGGAGAUGUAGAGUUCGUCAUUGUUGAUAAAAUACUGUAACAAAGAUCGAUAUUGUGUUAUUGUGGAGCGUCCCCACUGCCAUGGAAGCAAAGCAUAUUCCUAAUUCAGAUUCCUUCAUACAUUCCUUGUUGACGUCGCUUCUCUGACAUUCUAACUGGCAUUCAGGUUAAGUUGCCCUCACUGCCUCCUUUAUAAAACUUCCAUUUUAAGAGAUAGGAAUACGAGUUUGAAGUGAUUGGUGAUGGUUUUUAUGUAAAUUAGCAAAGGUAUUUUUGUUGUACCAAUCGAAAAAAUAAAAUGCUUCAGUUACCGUAUUUAGAGGCUCACCUUUUUCCUUUGUUUUAUGAUUUUCAGUUAAAAGAUAAAAAUUCCAGUUGGUAGCCA